AUGAAGAAGAAGAAGAAGAAGAAGAAGAAGAAGAAGAAGAAGAAGCCCCCAUCUGCCGGGCGACUCUCACUUGACCUCAGAAUCGCGUGGUCUGCUCAAAGUCACUCAUGGCCUCUUGGGCUUCUUCGCGGCUUCCUUUGGCAUGGCCAUCCCCGAAAGCGGGUUGGAAUGCCCCACGGGACUGAAUCGACACUUGCAGCUCACGAAGAAAGUACCAUCGACAUACACUGGUCUGGAGUUGAAAGUCGAGGUAGUUCUCACGAUGAUGAUGAUGAGGUUGAGACGGUUCCGAAUCCAGCCUCCAAUAAUGGCAAGCGAUCAGUGGUCCUGCGGGAGAGAUUUGUAUGGGCGGAAGAAAAAGCCUACAGUCCGGUGCAAGAAGAACAAUCUGGUACAGCAGAUGCUCAACCACACGGACAGUUCAGGAUGCGAGACUUGUGGGCCAUGAACCAUCGGGACUAUUCGCGCCACACGGACGAUCUUGAGGAGGGAUUCAAGAAGAAGCGGCGAGUUUCCUAUCGCGACCUUCUCUUCGGCGUGAAGGAGGAGGGGUUUUCCCAUCUCCGUAAUCCGCAGAGUACAGGUCUCGUCCCGCUUUGGGAUCUGACCAUUGUCGUCUUAUCCGACCAUUUCGACCCGCCUUCUCAGCAAGACUCUGUUCAGCAAGCCUGGGACAAGGUCCUAUUUUCGUAG